AUGAACACGGCCCAGCCCACGUCAUCGGCCAUCGAGGGCGUCGAGUUCGGCUUCCUCUCUGCGCCCGACGUCCGCGCCCUCUCGGUCAAGCGCGUCACCAACCCGACCACGUUCGACUCGCUGCUGCACCCCGUGUCUGGCGGUCUGCACGAUGCCGCCCUGGGCGCCUUCCUCGACAAUCCAUGUGCGACAUGCGGCCUCACCACCAUGCUCGGCUGCCCCGGCCACUGCGGCCACAUCGAGCUGCCCGUCCCCGUCUACCACCUCACCUUCAUGGACCAGCUGCUGCGUCUGCUGCGCGGCAAGUGCGCCUACUGCCACAACCUCAAGCUCGCCCGCGUGCAGGUCAACGAGUUCGUCUCGCGCCUGCGCCUGAUCCGCUGCGGCCUGGUCAAGGAGGCCAACGAGAUGCACGAGUUUGUCGACGCCAGCAAGGGCAAGAAGAAGAACAAGGACGUGGCUGACUCCGAGGACGACGACGACGACGAGAAUGAAGACAUCGUCGGCCAGCGCAACAACUACGUCAAGCGCUGCAUGAAACGCGCGGGCAUCUCCAAGCACCACGCCCGCUCCGCCAGGGAGAAGAACGACACCAUCGCCGAGGCACGGCGCCUUGUCCUCAAGGACUUCUACGCAGCCAUUGUAGCCGGCAAGAAGUGCAGAAAUUGCCAGGCCAUCAACCCGACCUUCCGCAAGGACAAGAGCAUCAAAAUCUUCCGCCGCAACCUGAGCGCCAAGGAGAAGGCCCAGAUGGCCCAGUCGGAGAAGCGCCUGCAGAACCCCCUCGAUAUCCUCGCCCGCCGCGACGCCAAAGCAAAAAAUAUGUCCGUGCACGACGACGAAGGCCUGGCCGAUAUGUCAGAGGGCGACUCAGACGAGGGCAUCGACAUCGACAUGGACAUGGACGACGGCUCGCUCACCGCCACCGAAGCCCGCACCGCUACAAAAACACGCACCGCCACAGACGCAGCCGACAGCUCGCAGGAGUACAUCACCGCCGCCGAGGUCAAGGCCGCUAUGAUUCUGCUGUUCGAGCAGGAAGCCGAGAUCCUGCGCCUCAUCUACAGCCCCUACGGCGCGUCCGCCGUCAGCCCGGACAUGUUCUUCAUGGAGGCCAUCAUCGUCCCGCCCAACCGCUACAGGAUGGAGGAUAAGACAGGAGAUUCCAUCGCCGAAUCGCCCAAGAACAGCUUGUACAAGGGCAUCCUGAACGCGUGCGACUCAAUGCGCCAGAUCAGCAACGAGAUGAAGGGCCAGGAGAACGAGGCUGGCUACAGGCGGCGCAACUUCGACGACCUGCAGAACACCUGGGUCAAUCUGCAGGGCGCCGUCAAUGCCGUCAUCGACCGCGAUGCGAACCCCGUCCAGGGCAAGGCCGGUCUCACCAACGCCGACGGUAUCAAGCAGCACCUUGAGAAGAAGGAAGGUCUCUUCCGUAAGAACAUGAUGGGAAAGCGUGUCAACUUCGCCGCCCGCUCUGUUAUCUCGCCAGACCCCAACAUCGAGACCAACGAGAUUGGUGUACCGCCUGUCUUCGCCAAGAAGCUCACCUUCCCUGAGCCUGUGACGAAUCACAACUUCUACGACAUGAAGGAGGCGGUCCUGAACGGCCCUGACAAAUGGCCUGGUGCGGUGGCUAUUGAGAACGAAUUUGGCCAGGUCGUCACGUUGAAGAAGAAGAACUACGAGGAGCGUCUUGCCUUGGCGAACCAGCUGCUUGCACCGUCCAGCACUUUCUCCAACGGCUCUAAAAACAAGAAGGUGCACCGCCAUCUGAACAACGGCGAUGUGGUCCUCAUGAACCGACAGCCGACACUUCACAAGCCUUCCAUGAUGGCGCAUCGAGCCCGCGUCCUGCCUGGAGAGAAGACGAUUCGCAUGCACUACGCCAAUUGCAACACCUACAACGCCGACUUCGACGGUGACGAGAUGAACAUGCAUUUUCCCCAGAACGAGCUGGCGCGCGCCGAGGCCAUGACAGUCGCCGACACAGAUCACCAGUAUCUCUCGGCAACGGCUGGAAAGCCGUUACGUGGUCUCAUCCAGGAUCAUAUCUCCAUGGGUGUCUGGCUCUCGAACAAGGACACUUUCUUUACACGCGAAGAUUAUCAGCAGCUGAUGUACGCCGCCCUACGGCCUGAGGACGGCCACACCACCUCUGGCAGACUCGAGAUGGUUGAGCCCGCUAUCUGGAAACCGCAGCCUUUGUGGACCGGCAAGCAGAUCUUCUCGAGCAUCCUCAAGAACAUAAAGCCCGCUGAAUACCAGGACCUGACGCUCGAAUCCAAGUCGUCUACCAACGGCAAGCUUUGGGGCGCCUACAGCGAAGAGCAGCAGGUCAUCGUCAAGGACGGUGAACUCAUGUGCGGAAUCAUCGAUAAGAGCCAGAUUGGUCCUGCCCCUGGUGGCCUCAUCAACGGUAUCUACGAGGCCUACGGCGAGACGAUUGCUGGCCGUGCUCUUAGUAUCAUUGGUCGCAUGCUUACUAAGCUGCUGCACAUGCGCGCUUUCUCUUGUGGUGUUGAGGAUCUGAUCCUGACAGCUGAGGGCGACCAGGCGCGUCUAGAGAAGCUCAAGGCAGCGGAGAGGGUUGGUUUCGAGGUUGCCUCCAAGUAUGUCAGCUUGGAUGCCACUAAGAUCACGCCUACUACCGGUGAGUUGCAGACCCGCCUGGAGCGUGUGCUGCGAGACGACGGCAAGCAGCACGGCCUCGAUCUGCUGGCCAACAGCGCUACUGCGAGCGUUUCAUCCGCAGUCACACAAGCAUGUCUGCCACACAAGCUCAUCAAGCUCUUCCCCAAGAACCAGAUGCAGGCUAUGACAGGCUCUGGUGCAAAGGGUAGUUUGGUCAACGCCAACCAGAUCUCGUGCAAUCUGGGUCAGCAGGUCCUGGAAGGUCGCCGUGUGCCGGUCAUGGUCAGCGGUAAGACACUGCCCUGCUUCAAGCCGUACGAGACAAGCGUGCGCGCAGGUGGCUACAUUGUAAAUCGUUUCUUGACUGGUGUCCGACCGCAAGAGUACUACUUCCACAUGAUGGCCGGUCGCGAAGGUCUCAUUGAUACCGCUGUCAAGACAUCACGCUCCGGUUACCUGCAGCGAUGCAUCAUCAAGGGCAUGGAAGGCCUCAAGGUGGAGUACGACACGUCGGUGCGUGACUCAGACGGUAGCAUGGUGCAGUUCCUGUACGGCGAGGACGGUCUCGACAUCACCAAACAGAAAUACCUGAACGACUUCAAGUUUCAAGCGCAGAACUUCUUGUCGCUUGCGCAGUCACUUAACACGCAAGAAGCCUUCGGCAAGGUGCACAGCCAGGAGGCUGCUGAUCACAACAAGAAGGCUGUCAAGAAGGCCAAGAAGGAUGCUGGCGCCAUGGACCCGGCUACAGCAGUCUACGCCCCUGGGCGUCACAGCGGUAGUACAUCCGAAAAGUUCUUCCAAGCGAAGAAGGAGUACGUCGACGACAACAAGGACAAGCUGCUCAAGAACAAGAAGAAGGACCCUGAUGGCGAGAUCCUCAAGAAGAGCUUCGAACAGAUGCUUGAUCUCAAGUACCUCCGCUCCCUUGUCGAGCCUGGCGAGGCUGUCGGUGUCGUCGCUGGUCAGUCCAUUGGUGAGCCCUCAACACAGAUGACGCUCAACACCUUCCAUUUGGCUGGUCACUCCGCAAAGAACGUCACCCUUGGUAUCCCUCGUCUCCGAGAAAUCGUCAUGACGGCUAGUGCAAAGAUCUCCACUCCUGGCAUGACCAUGUACCCUCAUGAUGAGCUGCCCAAGGACCACCAGGAGAGGUUCGCAAAGAGUAUCACCCGCCUGCCGCUUUCAGCCGUACUGGACAAGGUCACGGUCACCGAGUCAUCUGGCGCCGGCACACAGUUCAGCCAAGCAAGGACUUACAAGGUCCGCCUUGAUCUCUACCCAGCCAAGGAGUACACACAAGAAUACGCCAUCAAGGUCCGUGACGUUGCCGAGUCGAUUGAGCAGAAGUUCUGUCCACGCCUGCAGAAGAUCAUGCGUGCAGAUCUGAAGAAGAAGGGCGAGAACAAGUCGCUAUCGACUGCCAACGCAUCGGUACCCCAGGUCGGGCAGUCCAGCGGCCGUGUCGAGGAGCACGCCGUUCGCGAAUCUGACGAGCGUGCUGGUCGAGAAGUCGGUCCAGAGGACGACGACAGCGACGACGGUGAGGGCGAUGGCGACACCACACACGCCAAGCAGCGCGGCCGUCGUGAAGACAGCGUCGGAUAUGAAGAGCCAGAAGAGGAGGAGCAGGCUCUGAACGACGCCCUCGACCACGACGAGGCAGUGUCGGACGAGGACGAGGCCUACGGCGGAAGCCCUAAGCCAUCCCGAGCCAGCUCCCCCAACUCUGACGACGACUCACCCGACGACGAGCAGCUCCUCGUCCCCACAGAUGAAGCCUCGGACAUCCGCAAGGACCGCAUCAUCAACAAGAACGCUGAUGUGUUCGACUUCAAAUUCGACGACAAGAAGGGCGAGUACUGCGAGAUCACUUUUGAGUUCCCGCUCGCCGCGCCCAAGCUCCUCGUCCUCCACCACGUCGAAGCAGCCGCCGAGUUUGCUACCAUCCACGUCAUCCCCGGUAUCACCUCCGCCAUGAUCUCCAAGGAAGACGGCAAGGAUGCAAGCGGCAAGAAGAUCGACGUCCCCGUCAUCAUGACCGAGGGCUCUAACCUCCUCGCCAUCCGCGAGUUCCACGACAUCAUCGACGUCAACCGCGUCUUCACCAACGACAUUGUCGCCAUGCUGCAGCUGUACGGCGUCGAAGCGUGUCGCGCCACUAUUGUGCGCGAAAUGCACGCUGUAUUCAGCGGUCACGGAAUCUCAGUCGACCAACGUCAUCUCAACCUCAUCGCCGAUACCAUGACCAAGGGCGGCGGCUACACGCCCUUCAACCGCAUCGGCCUCAGAGGCAACGUCAGUCCGUUCAUGAAGAUGAGUUUCGAGACCACCGUUGGUUUCCUCAGGGACGCUGUCCUCGAGCGCGAUUGGGACGACCUAAAGAACCCCUCUGCUCGCGUUGUUGUGGGCAGACUGGGCGGCAUCGGCACAGGCGCGUUCGAUGUCCUAGCUCCCGUGCAGGUCAUCGACCCGCUGAAGAGCGACGUGCUGCCAGGCAUCGAGGAAGAGGACGUCGAGAUGGCAGGCGCAUGA